AUGGAUCUGAAAAUGGCACUUGAAGAGCACGCAACAACGAAGAAGUGCCCAACACCGGAAUACAUGAACUUGUACUUCAAAGUGAAAGGAUUCUACUUCAAAUAUGUCUCCGACCUGCCGCAGUAUAAACAAUCAAUUCCGGAGUUCCCAGCGUGGUUCAUUCCAUUCGUCAUGGAUUGGCUGAACGAGAACGAUGAACAUUCGAUGGACAUUCUGCGAAAUGCUUACAAUAGGGACAAAGCCGACAACUUCCCUCAAACAUCUGAUCAUACCCGCUUCUCCAACAGCGUUGUCGACGUGUUCACUCAAUUGAACGAGGCAUUGAAGCUGCUCAAGCAGAUGGACUGCCCCAACCCGGUCGUUUAUGCUGAUAUGAUGAAACGAUUCAGUAAGACUUUGAAUAAGGUUCUUCUCGCCUAUGCUGAUAUGGUUCAUAAGGACUUCUCCAAAUUUUCAUCGAAUGAGAAGCUCGCCUGUAUACUCAUGAAUAAUGUGCAACAACUAAGGGUCCAACUUGAGAAAAUCUACGAAACAAUGGGUGGUCAGGAAUUGGAUCCUACAUGUAGUCAAGUUCUUACAAAUCUUCAAAAGAAGCUCAACAGCGUAUUGGACAAGCUGUCUGGCCAGUUUGUGGCAACGCUUGAACCAAUGAUCCAUGAACAAACGAACAAGCUUGGCGUGCUGCUUUCGAAGAUCAAAGGACCUCAACUUCAGAAGACCCAAGUGGCAGCGGAAGUGGAUGCGGUAUUGGAGCCUUUGAUGGACCUUCUUGAAGGAUCACUGCAACGGUACUUCCAGCAAUGUGAGAAGACUGUCCUCAAGUACAUCUUGAAGGAGCUAUGGAGGAUAACAAUUGUCAGUAUGGAAAAUUGGUGGUACUUCCGCCUCUCGCAGACAAAACGCUACUGA